CCGGGGAUGGGGAUGGUUUCAGCCCCUCUGCCAGGGCUCCGUCCGAGAUCUCCGAGGCGCUCUGGCCCUUAGCUCCCGGACUGGGCUCCCUGCCCUAUCUUGCUUCCCUAACUCCGGGACCAGCUGAGUUCCCAACGCUGAGUAACCUGGAAAAAGUGAUUACUUCUCUCCCGGCCUCAGUCUUCCCAUCUGUACAAUGGAGGAAGAUCUCCAGCUCUGUCUCCUACAACCCACCUCCCAAGGUGGCUCUAAAGCAUGCGGGGUUGGAGGGCGGCGCUUAGCGGAAAGCACCUGCGAGUUCAAAUCCCAGUUCCACUCGGCCUCACGAUGUGUGUGCCCCGUGUGAGUCGGUUCUGCUCCCUGGGCCUCAGUUUCCCCACCCGUAUAACGUGAGUGAUCAUCCGUCCUCUGCUGGACAGUUGGGAGGCCUUGGUCCGGGCCUCGCACCCCUCAUCCGCCCUGGGCACUCAGCAAGUAUUACUUCUGUCUUUGCCCCCUUUGACAGAUGGGAAAACUGAGGCCCAGGAAGGGGUGGCCGCGGCUCAGUGGUGCCGCGAGGAGGCCCCUCCACGGCCGGCAGCGCCCCAGCCCCUCCCUCCUCCCCCCACUUCCCCUGGCCGCCGAAGGGAGGGACGCCGGGCGGGGCCGGGGCGGGUGUACCUGGUGUCCGCGCGGGGAGGUGACCGGCGGGGCGCCCGAGGUCGGGCUCGGCGAUCCCGGGCCCUGGCUCCCGGCUCCCGCUUCCUGGCUCUGGCGGGGCAGGAAGUUGGGGCGUUUUUCCGGAGGCCCCCGCCCCGCGCCCCUCCCCGCUUCCUGCCCGCGCCCCGCGCCCCGCCGGCACCUCCGCUUCCUUCCCCUUCUCGUCGCCCGCCCGCCCCCCUCUCCGCGCUCCGCCCGGGACCCGCGGGUACCGGCCCCGCCCGACCUCUGCCGGCGUGUCUGUCUGUCGGUCCGCAGGGCGCGGCUCGACGCUUCUCACAUCUGCCUGGCGUCCGCCAUCGCCUCCCUGCCGGGGCUGGGGGCGAGGCUCACCCUGCCUGCGCCUCACUCUGCGCCGCAGCCUCCCCUGCUUGCCGUCUCUCUGUGUCUCUUGGUCUUCCUUUCCUUCUUUGCCUCUCUGUGUGUGUUUCUGUCUGUGUCCGUCUCUCCGUCCCUGUCCCUGUCUCUCUCUCUCCCCUUUUCUCCGUUGGGGUCUUUCCCUUCCGCUCUCCGUUAUCUCUCCUCCUCUCUGUCACUUUCUCCCUCAGAACCAUUCUCUUCCCUUCUCUGGGUCCUUCUGCAUCUUUCUCCAUCUCAGUCUUUUCCCAGCUGUUGCUUUCAGGGGUCAGUCUCUCCAUGUCCAUUUUUCUAUGGACCCUUCUUUUCUUUCUAUCUCUUCCUGCUAUCUCUUUCUCAGUAUCGCUGUCUCUCUCUGAUUCCCCUUCCCCUCAUUGUCUUUCUCUUCUCUUGCUCUGUCUCUUUGUCACUAGAUCUCUGUUGCAGUCCCUCCACUCUGUAUCUCAGAAACUCUGCAUCUCAGAAACUCUGCAUCUCUGUGCCUCUCUUGUCAUUGCCCCUGGGUCUCCCCACCAUCCCCAAGUUAGGGCCACAGACUCUCCAAAUCCAUCUGUUAAAGGCCACCCCCCAGAGGACAGAUGUGGCCUGGCCAGAGCCACAGUUCCAUACUGGCCCCACCAGACAGUCCCCUGUGUUUGUACCUGUGUUUGUAGGACUCAAAUACUAGUAAAUAAAUAUGGUCACUGCCCUCCA